AUGACGACCGACCGGGUCGAGCACAAGCUGUUCCCGAGUUUGGAGCUGUCGGUCGCUGCGAAAGCCGACCUGCAGGCUCUUGUCCUGUCGUUCGUGAACGAACACCUGCCACACUUUACGGAAUACACUGCCGACCAAAGUCGGCGAGUGAACUCGAGUCGGUGGAAACUCCUCAAGACUCGAGACGCCGUCCGCGUGUACGCCGAGCGACCCACUCGGCACUCGACCCCCAACUCCGUGCUCGAUGCCGACAUUAGCGAGCCCCAGUUGCCCGUGCUGUUGUGCGAGGGGGCGAUCCCUGGCAAGCUCGAGGACGUCAUGUUUGGCGUGAUGAGUCCCACGCUCGAGCUCAUCCGCGUGAACUCGACGUACGUGGACGGCGUGAGCAACGCGGCCGUGCUGUCUUCGAUCGUCGAGCCCACGGCGGACGAGCCGUUGCAGUCGCUCGUCCUCAAGUGGACACAGAUUCAACUGCCGCUGCACUCGACGACGUGGGUGAAGAAUCGGGAUUUCGUCUACAUGGAGGCCACGGGCCUUUUCGUCCUCGAGGACGGCCAACGCAUUGGCUACAACGUGUUGCACUCGAUCGACGUGGCCGAAGUGCCCCGGUUGCCAAACCGCGUGCGGGGGCGCUGUCACGUCUGUGCUUUCUAUCGCCAGGACCACGACCUGUCGGUGGAAACCUAUGCCACGAGCAUCAACGACCCAGGCGGCUCGGUCCUGACGUCGCUCAUGCUGCAGCCACUGAGCUCACUGCUCUUAUCGUGCACGCAACUCGCCCACUGCGGCGAGAUGAAGAAGCUCGCGUGGAUCAUGCGGCUCCGAAACGAACAGAAGGGGCGCAGGGGCGUGCGACGCGACGACGACAAGUGCGUGAGCUGUGCACAGCCCGUUGGCCACAGUCGCAUGGGCCAACUGAGCUCCACGCGCGGGUCGUGCAAACUGUGCUUCCAUGCAGUCUGUCGCUCGUGCCGCGUGCGCAAGCGCCUGACGUUCCUGCAACCGGAUUUCAAGCUCGACAAGCGCAAGGUCACGUUCUGCUCGGGUUGCAUAAAGGCAGCGCUCGAGACCAGUGCGUUGCAAGUUGCACGGGAGCAGUUGCUGGCGCAUGCAGUGCCAGAUCGCCGUUCCUACAGUUUCACGUCGUCGUCCGACGAAUGA